UAUUGUAUAAAGUUGUAUGUCAGUGGGUAGCUAUUGAUCAAUAUGUUUAUUUCAAUAUGAUUUAUCCAAUCUUAUCAGAUGAAGGCAAACCGACACAUAUGAACAAUGAGAUUGCAAGUAUACAUCUUAAUAGUGGUCUAUACAAGGAGCAUAUUUUGUGACUGUGGAACACAACUUGAGAAUGGCGGUACUUGUAUUUGUUUUGAAAAUAACUGGAGAGAUACAAGCGGAUUUUCCAGAAGAGAUGGGAUUGCAGAUUGUCCAGAGAAUACUCUACUGGAAGGGACAGUUGUGUCAUUUGACAUUUGCCAGUCGGAAUGUAAUGGUGAUACUUCAUGCAAAGCAUUUGGGUAUAACUUCUUUGAAUGGAAAUGUACUAAAUGGAAUAAACCAAGCAGUGAAUGUCCAUCCAUGAACUUAACAUCCCCUCAUACGAACUACUACACAAAAGAUUCAUUUAACGAAGAUGCAGAUGUAUAUGGCGAAAAUACUGAGAAAAGAUGCUUCCUUUCAUCUGCAGUAAUUACAAAGACUCAUGAAGAAGCAGAUACAUAUUGUAAAGCAUAUGGUGGUAGACUUGCCACCAUGACAUAUGAUGUGACUUUUUACAUUAGUCAACAUCCUUUUCAAACUUUGGUCAAUAAUCCAACAGUAACAACAUGGACAAAUGGACGACUGCAGUAUGGGAAUAUAACAUGGGCUGAUGGUAGCACAGAUGGAUGGACCAACUGGGAGGCAGGAGAGGCAGAUCUUGAGAAUACAUAUGGCGAUGACUGGUGUGUGGUUAUGAAAUAUAGCGAAACAGCUAUAGGCAUGCAAUGGAGAUUAGCUCAUUGCUGUGAACAACAUAAUCUUAUCUGUGAAUUCGUUGAAGAAAAGUGCCAUUAUGAGACUCAUCUGUACACAGUGAACACUGGGGGAAUUGCUCGCUCUUCAACCAGGUAUAAUACCUUCGAAGAAUGUGCACAAAGCUGUUUGGAUAUAUCUGUAUGUUCUGGUGCCAGAUGGAAUAUAAUCAUGAAAGUAUGCCAACGAUUUUCCAGUUCCCCUCCCACAGGAUUGAUAUCAUCGAGUGACUACCAUAUGAUGUUCCCAUCUUGCCCAGGAUCUGGAGACCCAUGCUCAUCAGAUCCUUGUCAGAAUGCUGGGACGUGUCAUCGGGGUUAUGGUGGAAGCUCGUACACUUGUUCCUGUAAUAAAGGUUUUACAGGAGAAAAUUGUGAGACAAGCAGUGGUCUCUGUCCUGAAGACUGGCUCUAUUACGGAGAUGCAUGUUACCAUGGUUUUAAGGGUUCGAGUUCAUGGAUGAAUGCACGAUCAUUAUGCAAGGAAAAUGCAGCAAAUCUUGUUUCCAUGACAAGUUGUGAUGAAUAUUAUUUUGUUGAGGAAAUAGUGAAGCCAAGGGCGUCACUAAAUGACUUUUGGAUUGGAUUACAACGCAAGUGGAAUUGGACUGAUGGACAACAAUCCCAAUUUAAGGCAUGGGAUAUAAACUCUGCACCAAGUUAUGGAAAUGGAGCUUGUGCAGUUUUGAGUCACACGAAUGGAAAAUGGUUCGACCAGGACUGUCUUACAGCGGCAAAUUAUAUAUGUAAAAAAGCAGGACAAUCGUGUGACACUGGCAAUGGAUGGUCAUUCUAUGCUGAUGGUUGCUACAAAAAGUUCUUCACAAGCACCUUCAAUGAUGCCGAAGCAAAUUGCAUUCUUGAAAAUGCUCAUCUAGUUCAUGUUAGAAAUACAGAUGAAAACCAGAUGCUUUAUACCAAUUUUACGUCUGACAAUACAGAUAUUUGGAUAGGAUUCUUCAACACAGAAAACUAUGUUUGGUUUGAUGAUAGUGACAUAACAUGGUGGCAAGACACAGCCGCCAUAGAUACCAACUAUGUGUGUGGUAUAAGCAACUCGGGGAUUUGGAAAACUCAGGAUUGUAUUGCCACUCAUGACUAUAUAUGUAAGCAGAAAUUAGAUCCGGCUUUCUCGACACCCGAACCUACCACUGUUGCAACAACAGUAGCAACCACUACUACCACAGCUGUUCCUACAUCAGUAGCAACUACUACACCUACCACUAUCCCUACAACAGUAUCAACUACUGAGCCUUCAACUGUUCUUACAACAGUAGCAUCUACUGUGCCGACCACUUUUCCUAUAUUAGUAGCAAUUACUGUGCCAUCAACGUUUCCUUCAACAGUAGAAACUACUGUGCCAACAACUGUUCCAACGACAGUCGAAACUACUGAGCCUACAACUGUUCCCACGACAGUAGAAACUACUGAGCCUACAACUGUUCCCUCGACAGUCGAAACUACUGAGCCUACAACUACCUAUACAGCUUCUGGAUUUGUAGCAGUCACAACUGUUAAAUCCUCAACAACUACAAUUGAGCCUACAACUGAAAUAAUAACUGAAUCUAUGACAGUGACAACAUUUAAACCUUCAACAUUACCAAUUGCUGAACCUACUACACCUACAACAAUUGUUUCUUCAACUGCACAAGCAUCUGCAAGGGCUACAAACCAAACAACUAAGAUAGUAACUGAGUCUUCACCUCAACAAAGUGUAUCGACUACAAAAUUUGAUGAAUCAACAGCUUUUCCAACCAUAAUAGAAAGUAAAGAAUCCCAAAAGUUGACAAGAUUUCUGGAGAAAAUGCUCAAAGAAAGGAACGAGGAAAAGGUAUACAGACCUGCCAAGAAAAUGGUCUUUGUUCCCGAAGAAGCUAAGAUGGCAGUCGCUAUUGGAGUGCCACCUAUUAUUGUCGUCAUCAUAAUAUUGGGUCUCAUUUUCAUAUUAGACGUUCCAAGAGUUGCAUUGGAUUUAGUGCAAGCAGUUAAAAACAUUAAAAGAUCAUUGACAUCUAUGUUUGUAAAGUAA